UAAUGUAAAUAGUCUUAAAGCAUUUGUGUUUUGUUCAAUGAAAAACUAGGGGGAAAAUAAUGAUUUUGGUUUUGCUACGUAGCUUGACUCCGGAAUUCUCUUGCAUGAUGCUGAUGCCAUAGAUGGAUCUUUGGGCUGUGAGCAAUUCCCUGUUUGGCCAGCCUGGCCUGAGAAGCCAGCAAGUCAGUAAAUGAUACUCUGGAAAAGCCAGGUCCUGCAGAUAAGAGCUUUCCUUAGGAAAGCUAAGGAAACUUCCUGAGGAAUUGGCAGAGUUAUCUCACAGUGCCAGGGGAAGGUACCAUUUUUCCAGCAAGCAGGAAGAAGCUGUUGUAGGAAACUUCAUCUUGAAAGCUUUUUAGAGCAGAAGGAAGGGGAGGAGACUGCCAGUGCAGGAGCUCUCCUUGUAACUCAGGGAAUGAGGAGAGGAGCCACAAGCAGCUCCACUUGAAAUUACUCAAAAUGUUCACUCACUGUUCAGGUCGCCAGCGGUUCUCGGUGAUUUUUCCAUCACGCAGGCGUAUCCCUGUCUGCAUCUCCAGGCUCUGUAAAGGCAUUGCUCGUGUGCUGGUCCUUAGGCUGGAUGCAGGGAAAAUGGGUUUCUUGGGAGAAGAAUAUUCCUCAGUUUUCUCCGGUUCUUUUCACGUGCUGAGUCCUUUCUGGCACCUCCGUUCCACGAGGUGGCACCGUUCCCGGGGAGAGGCUGCUCUGCUGCCUGGGGUCAGAGGGCUCAGGGAUGCUGCCUGGCAGCACGCACUUCAGCAGCUUUCUGAAAAUGGCUGUACUUUUCCACUGAAAAUGGAUGAUGAUGAUGACGACAUUCCCCAGCUUUCAUCCCAUACAUUGGCUGCCCUCCAGGAGUUCUAUUUGGAGCAGCAGCAGAGAGAGGGCAUGAAGACCUCCCAAGGGUUUAAUCAAUAUUCCAUUGGCUCAAUAGAAGAAGACUGGCAACUGAGCCAGUUUUGGUACAGUGAUGAAACCGCGUCAUGCCUGGCUAAGGAAGCAGUUCUGGCAGCUGGAAAAGGUGGCAGGAUAGCAUGCAUUAGUGCACCGAGUGUGUACCAGAAACUGAAAGAACAGGAUGGUGAGGAUUUUUCCGUGUGUAUACUGGAGUAUGACAGAAGGUUUUCUGUGUAUGGAGAAGAGUUUAUCUUCUAUGAUUACAACCACCCUUUGGACUUGCCUGAAAAUCUCCUGCCACACAGUUUUGACAUUGUAAUAGCAGAUCCACCCUAUCUGUCUGAGGAAUGUCUUCAAAAGACUGCAGAGACCAUCAAAUACUUAACAAAAGGAAAGAUUCUGCUUUGCACAGGUGCAGUCAUGGAAGAACAGGCAGCAAAGCAUCUUGGUGUGAAGAUGUGCAAGUUUAUUCCAAAACACUCAAGAAAUUUAGCCAAUGAAUUCCGUUGCUAUGUGAACUAUGCUUCUGGACUGGACUGAUUCUCCUAAGAUCAUCUACAAACCUACAACUUUUUCAGUCAAGCUUCUUUCUGUUUACUGUCAGUCAUGCCACAUUUCUCAGGGCUGAAAUAGUCAGCUCUGAGUACUGUUUUCUGGGAUGGCUGGAAUCAACACGGUGUGAUAGCCUCUCUCUUUUAAAUGAGUAAGCAUUUGCAGUCACUGUGUUUUGUAUUAGGUAAAUGCAGACCAAGCAAUGCAGGUGCUGGAUAAUGGAAACUUCUUUGUUAGUUUCAUUUUAACUGGUAGCUUUUACCAUUUGAGGACACAUCAGUGACCUCUUUGAAGUGAUUUUGGCUUAUAACAACAUAUAGUUGUUUGCCUUGCAGGCAUCAGAAUCAUCAGUGGCAAAGAACGUGAUACUUCUGUAGUAAUGUGACCCACACAUGUCCCUUAAAUCUUGAAUCAUAAUGGCUCUGAUUAAAUAUAAUGCUUGCUUCUUAAUAAUUUCAGUAUCAAACUAAAGAGGAUCUACAGAUAUGUCCAGGUACAAGAAUGGUUAUGAUUUUUUUUCCAGUUGUCUGGUUUUAUCUUUUUCUCCUGUUCCACAGACAGCAGCAGAGCAGUAGAAUAGAAGCAUCUUAAAAAUCAUUGAAUCUUACAAGGCCACUGAAGAAUAACAUAUUUGUAAACUCCCACUGUUUCAACUAGAAAAAUGUUAGAUUUUAUAUUCAAGGUUUGGACUAUAUUUCAAUCAAAAUAGAUGAUACAGUGGAAAAGCUUUGCUUUGCAUAAGUAGAGAUUUUUGAUAACUGAGAAUUUUAAAGCCAGUUUUGGCUAACCUUUUGACUGCACUACAGAAGUAUUUUUGGGUGGAAAUUAGUUCAUAAAUUUCAAGGCACUCAACACUUUUAUAAUCUCUAGAAACCUUCUACAAAACACAAGCACUUGUCUUUGUAUGUCAUACUGUGUAAAGGCAUCUACAAAAUUAAUCACAUAAAAUCAAGUACUAAAUUUAUUGUGUGGUGGGAAUAAGCCUAAUUAAGCUUGUGAGAUGAGACUUUUUAUAAGGCAGUGAUAAUGCUCAUGUUUCUGCUGUUUGGAUGCAGAUUUUCCCAUCUGGAGGAAUAAACAGCUGAGCAGGAAUAAUGUAGAUGGAUUCUAAUCCUCUCCCAGUGCUCAGAGAAGCGUGUUUGUCUGAGCUGAACACAACAGUGGUUCGUAAAUACCCACCCAGGCCACUGUAGCUCUCCUCCCCAUUUUCCAAAAGAUCUGUUUGCUUCCUGAGGCAAACCCUCCUCACGUUUUAUACCUGUCACUUCCUCCCUACGUGUGGUGUUCCUGGGUUCCCUGGUAACAGUUUUGUUCCUCUUUCACACGCCUUGGUUUCUGUCAGGCUGGUCACAGCUGUUGUAAAAACAGGGGAAGUUCAGCAAGGAAGCGCUUGCAGAGCAGGCACCGGCCUCUCCUUUCUGCUGUGUGAGCCCAGGGCCCAUACAGUCUUGCCUUUCAAACCAGAUGCCAUCCUUGCUGCUGAGCCAGAAUUCCCCUGAAAAUGACUGUGCACAGGUGAAAUACACCUGGGUUUAGUUGUUUUCUGGGAGGCCACAUCAUCACUUUCAUCUGGCCAGUUUGAAAAUAAAGCAAACCAGAAUGGUGACUGCAUAGCUCUUGGCACUAACCUGUACUUUAAACUGGUUUAUUACCUCAGUGUCUUGCACACCAAACACAUGGAGACAAUGAAGUAACUCAUGAAACUUCAUUUUUAACUGCAUAGAGGCUUCAAGUGGGACAGCUGUGAUUGCCAGAAGGGAUGAUGCUGUUCCCCUGCCACCCACCUAAAUUAGAAUGUGCUGUUCAAAUCAAAGCCUCACCUAUUUUGCUGCUUUGUUCGCUUCACUUUGGUAAAUGUGUAUUAUUGGGCUCUCCACAGCAGAGUUAAAAGUCAACUUCACUAACUUCAUCAGAGAUAUUUCUUAAAAAGAUAAAAGUGCACCAUUCAGUUGUACCAAGAAGUUCACUUCCAAGAAAAUCACCGCUGCUUCUCACAUGUAGGUCAGACUGUUUGAAAAGGGGCUCUGUGAAGAUGCAUAGUUACGGAACUGAGGGUUCAUGAAAAUCUGUGCAGAUGCACUCAACAGAGCAGCCCAUUGUCCACCAGCUUCCCUCUUAAAAGCCUGGGGAGUGCCCACAGCUGCCCAAGCAGAGUUUGACUAGUGGCAUUUACAGUUUUCAUCAGUGAUAGGAGGUAAACUAUUCUUGUCUUACUUGAUUCAAGGAAGUAGCUGUUUCUGAGAAGGGUACAAGUCACAAAAUCCAUAGUGAGUUUGUGUUUGUGCCAGUGUGGUAACUAAGAAAUAGUAUGUGACAGCACAACCCUCUUUUCUUCUGUAACAGGAUUGUGAAUAAAAAUGUCCGUGUCAAGUAGUGACUGACU